AUGAAGAACGAUGAAAGCACGCAGUCUCACGAAGCAAAGAUGACAGAAGAAGCAGCAAUGGCAGCAAGCCAAAGCCUGGCUUAUGGCAAAAUGGACCCUGAAAACAAAUUACGGUUGCAAGUCGAUGAAAACCCAGAGGAAGAAGGUACUCCGGCGAGCAAGGACUUCCAGUAUCUGGCCAGUUUGGAAAUGGAUUUUCCCCGAGCAUCUGACCUGCUAAUGAUGGUCACAGUCUCUGCUGAGGUGAACAAGCCGAAGAUCACGAGCCUCGCCAUGUCCGCGCUCGAGGAGCUCACACAGCUAGCCUUGGGACAGGAAGCCAUGUGGCUUGUUGAUCCAAGCUCUGCAACUUAUGUUCUUAAUGAAGCUGAAUACAGAAGCAGAUUCAGCCGUCUUGAUCCAACAUUGGAGAAAAUUCUAAGCUUGCUCAAGACAGAGGGCCCUGGGGAAUUGCCAAACCUCAGUGGCAUUGUCGAAUCCUUCCCCAUUGAGGAUGGGCCAUUGCAGAGACAAGCUUCUCAAGAGACCCAACUCGUUCACAGCGAUCUGUUCCAUCUCGUCGCCAUGUUUAUGGAUGUCGAUCAGUGGUCGGCUGUGUUCUCAUCUGUUGUGUCUAAGGCCAAGGUGUUGGGAGUUCUAUCAACAGGAGAGAAUGGCAGCCUUGAUGGGGCUCUCAAAGUGAUGAUGGCAGAAUUUCAUGUGCCUUCACCACUUGUUCAGACUAGGGAGAGCUACUUCUUGAGGUAUUGCAAGCAGCUUUCCUCAGACACCUGGGCAGUGGUUGAUGCUUCUUUGGAAAGCAUUUUCCCUAACCCAGCAACUAGGUUUAUAAGAAGGCCAUCGGGCUGUUUGAUCCAGGCAUUAGGAAAUGGAUGCUCAAAGGUCAAAUGGAUCGAACAUGUAGAAGCCGACAACACGACGAUCCAUUACUUGUUCAGGCGAAUAGUAGCCACUGGUUUCGCGUUCCAUGCGACCCGAUGGCUUGGGACAUUAGCACGCCAAUGCGAACGCAAUGCUGCACUCAUGGACCAUCGUGUGAUGAUACUUCAAGAGGGUAGGAAGAGUCUAUUGACACUAACUGAUCGGAUGAUGAGAAGCUAUUUCAAUGGCAUAAGCGCCACCAGAGACAAUGUGUGGAAGCCCAUUCCGGUAAUUGGUGCCGAAGACAUCCUAGCGACAACCCGAUACAACUUUGAUGAUCCAAGAACACCUCAGGGAGUCGCCAUAGCAAUCGCCACCACGAUAUGGCUCCCCACGACACCCAAGGGUGUUUUUGACUUCCUUCGAAAUGGAAAUCUUCGUAGCCAGUGGGAUCUGCUUUCUCUCAACUCGAAUGCUAAAGAACUCGUUCACAUUAAUACUGGUUCUGACCCUGCAAACAACGUAUCGAUCAUAGCAGUCGAUACUUCACCAUUGAUAUAUUACCUGCAAGAGAGCCAGGCGAGCCCAACGGGCUGUUAUGUGGUUUAUGCUCCCAUCGAAGUACUGGCGAUGAACUCAGUGUUGGCUGGCGAAAGGACCGACGACAUUCAGAUCUUGUCAUCGGGCUUCGCGGUCCUGCCUGAUCGACCUACGCUGGGGGAGGAAGAAGCCGGGGGGACUCUCCUAACGAUCGCGUUUCAGAUAUGCGAUAAAGAGGCAUCGACAGCCGAGUAUCUGCCUCCAAAAACAGUGAUAACACUUCACACCAUCAUCUCUCAAACUGCUUCUUUGAUCAGGACUGCAGUAAUGCAAUGA